AUGAACCGAUGGUCCAGUUACCUGCUGGGAUGGACGACCUUCCUCCUCUAUUCCUAUGAGACGAAUGGAGAUAAGAAAGAGGCAUGUGUCUUUCCGUUCACCUACAAGGAGUCUGUUUACUUCACUUGCACCAAAGUGGGGAGCUUGUCCCCUUGGUGCGCAACUAGAGCAGUGUACGAUGGCAGAUGGAAGUACUGCAUGACUGAAGAUUACCCGCGAUGCGUUUUCCCCUUCAUCUACCGGGGAAAGUCCUAUCAGAGCUGUAUCACAGAGGGCAGCCUGCUUGGAAGGCUUUGGUGCUCAGUCACCUCCAGCUUUGACGAGAAGCAGCAGUGGAAGUUCUGUGAAACGAACGGAGUUUCCUCAUUGGCUCCUGGCUUUCCCUGCCACUUCCCAUUCAACUAUAAAAACAAGAAUUAUUAUAACUGCACUAACAAAGGAUCCAAGGAGAACCUUACGUGGUGUGCGACUUCUUACAACUAUGACCAGGACCACACCUGGGUGUACUGCUGA